AUCUCAGCGCGUAGGAUGAGAUGCAUAGAAAAAGUAUCAACUGAGAAAGAUCCCAAGGAAGAGAAAGAGGAGGAAGAGUCUGCCCUUGCUCAGGAAGCUCCCGCCGCAGCAGCUCGGCCUAGUCGGGGCUGGCGCGGCAGCAGCCGCACGUCCGUCUCUCGGCAUCGCGAAGCGGAGAACACCCGCAGCUCUCGGUCCAAGACUGGUUCACUGCAGCUCAUCUGCAAGUCGGAGCCAAACACAGAUCAGCUCGAUUGUGAUGCCGCAGAAGAGCAUCAGUCUCCAGCAGGCGUUAGUGAUGAAGAAGAGGAAGAGGAAGAAGAGAUGUUGAUCAGUGAAGAAGAAAUACCAUUCAAAGAUGAUCCAAGAGAUGAGACCUACAAACCCCACUUAGAAAGGGAAACCCCAAAGCCACGGAGAAAAUCAGGGAAGGUGAAAGAAGAGAAAGAGAAGAAAGAAAUAAAAGUGGAAGUCGAGGUGGAGGUGAAAGAAGAAGAGAAUGAAAUUAGGGACGACGAGGAGCCUCCUAGGAAGAGAGGAAGAAGGCGAAAAGAUGACAAAAGCCCACGAUUACCCAAAAGGAGAAAGAAGCCCCCCAUCCAGUACGUCCGCUGUGAGAUGGAAGGCUGCGGCACCGUGCUCGCCCACCCGCGCUACCUGCAGCACCACAUUAAAUACCAGCAUUUGCUGAAGAAGAAAUAUGUCUGUCCCCAUCCGUCCUGUGGACGACUCUUCAGGCUCCAGAAGCAACUUCUUCGACAUGCCAAACAUCAUACAGAUCAAAGAGAUUAUAUCUGUGAAUAUUGUGCUCGAGCCUUCAAGAGUUCCCACAACCUGGCAGUGCAUCGGAUGAUUCACACCGGCGAGAAGCCACUCCAAUGCGAGAUCUGUGGAUUUACUUGUCGGCAAAAGGCAUCCCUUAAUUGGCACAUGAAGAAACACGAUGCAGACUCCUUCUACCAAUUUUCUUGCAAUAUCUGCGGCAAAAAGUUUGAGAAGAAGGACAGCGUGGUGGCGCACAAAGCGAAGAGCCACCCUGAGGUGCUGAUCGCCGAGGCCCUGGCCGCCAACGCCGGCGCGCUCAUCACCAGCACAGACAUCCUGGGCACCAACCCCGAGGCCCUGAGCCCGCCCGCCGAUGGCCAGGGCCUGCCACUGCUUCCCGAGCCCCUGGGUACCCCCGCCCCCGGAGAGUGCCUGCUGCUGGAAGCCGAGGGCGUAUCCAAGUCCUUCUGCGGUGGGCCCGAACGGGUGAGCCUGGUGGCCGACGGCAAGCUCUUCGUGGGCGGCGGGGGCGGCGCGGGCGCGGACGGGCUGGUCAUGAACUCGGACAUCCUCGGUGCUACCGCAGAGGUCCUGAUCGAGGACUCGGACUCUGCGGGGCCGUAGCCAGGGGCGGACCGGGCGCUGGGACGGCUCAGACUUUGUAUUUAAAAGACAAAAAGGACAAAAAAAAAAUUUAAAGCAUUUAAAAAUCUAGUGAAAUAACUGAAGGGCCUGCUCUUUCCAUUGGGUCACAGCACACACACACACACACACACCCAUACACACACACACAUCCCCUCUUCUCCCUCUGUCGUCCCCUUUAUAAAAUUGGCAUUGCCUUUCCCAGAAAGCUUGACAAAGAAGCCGCUGCAGCAGCUCUUAAAGGAAGGGUUCUUUUUAAACUCAUUUCCAGCCAGGCAGACUUCCUGCUCAUCAGCAGACACCCUGCCCCUUUCUCCCUGCAACUUGGACGUGCUCUGGAUCAGCUUUUAACUCUUAAUAAUAUACUGAUAUCCUCUCAACCCCUUCUCCUUUCCCGCUGCCCCGUGGUUCUGGCUUCUACCCUUGUAGCACAUGUAUCUUCCAAGGAUCAUAUACUUCUAAUCUCUGGAGGCUGGCAGCUUGACUUGGCACUUUAGGGCCCCUGAGCAGCGUGAGCUGUUAAAACAGCACACAUCUCACCCCCUCUCCCUCCACUCCCUCUGGGUGAAGGAAGUCAGGCAGGCUGCGUGGGGACCACCUCCCUCCUCUUGACCUUCUCCGCCUUCCUCGCCCGCCCCCAGCUCCUCCGUAAGGUUCUCAGUGGUGCUCACUCGUUUGCAAGCAGGCUCCCGGCCAGGAGGGGCCGCUAGCCACGUGGUCUCUGACCAUAGACAGGGCUCCAUUGGUGAGAAGCCCCAGACUGGUGACAGAAUUUGCACUUUGAACAUGUGUGUUUUUGUGUUGUGGAACCUGAGAUUCCUUAUUUAUUAACGGAAAGUCAGAUUUUUUUUUUUUUUGUCUCUGUUGCUAUAUUUUGUGGGGCUGGGCAAGAUUACGCUAUUUUGACGUGGGGUCCUUUGCAUCAGAGGUACUCGUAGAAGGCAAGCUAGAGGGUUGCAGAAGCUCAGCCAGCCCCUGAGGUCACAGCGCUCCAGUGGCCUUGCCACAGAGCUGGUCCUCAGCACCAACAGAAGCACUACAGGGCUUUUCUGGAAGCCUCUUCAGGAAAGGACGGUGGGGGUGUCGUAACCAGCGCUGCUUGAGCUUGCAGAGCAUCGCGGUUCAGGAAUUUUGAGGGGAUGAAGGAGGUUAUUCAGGGUCUGAACUACAGAUGCGAGGUUUUCUCUUGAGAAGUCUUCAUUUCCUUUUUGUCCCCGUCAUUUCUCUGUCCGCACGGCCUGUGGCCCGGCUCCGGCCCCUUUGUCUUCGCUUUGUUUCAUCACGGGUUCGUCCCAGUUCCCAGCUGGUGAAGGGCACUGCCGUCAGAGAAGGAACCGUCUGAGGCAGAUGGUUUUAAGUCACAGGAGAUGGUUCUGUUCUGCUUCCCUUGUAAUAACACUUCAGAAGAAGAAAGUCUUCAGCGCAGUUAAUAGCCUGUACGAUGCCUUGGCUUUCACCUGCAAUUCCAGGAGUCACUAUUGCCCUUAAGGGAUUUUCAUGGGCUGGGUCGCUGACCGCCGUCCAUGGAAGAUGACAGUCGUGGACAGCUUCACAACUUCCAGAAGACUGAAAACCUACGUAGGCUCAUUUUUAGAGAACCGGAAGGGCAGUUUCUAUCCUACAUACCUCAGAAACUGGAAUUAAAGGCUUGCCCUGUUCAUUGUUUGUUAGAAAUGCAUAACAGCUGUUGGAAAGAAUGGAGCUUUGCUGAGAACAGAAUAAGGAACAGCUUGUUUUUCACAAACACUAAAACUACAAAGUUUAUCAGUUUUCUCUCUCAUCCCCCCCGCCCCCCAAAAGAAGGGUAACAAAAUGUCAUCUCUGAAAGAGGCUUGCUCUCCACCCACUGGUGUGAGUGUUGGAAUGCCAGGGGGUACGGAGGGACGCGUCUGCAGUGAGAGUCUUAGGUUUGUGUUCCCUGUGGAGGCUUUGCAGUCGCCUCCAGGGCGGGGCAGAGAGAGGAGUAAGGAUGGGAGGAAUAUGAAUGUCCUUUCCUGGCCACACUGAGGACUUGGAGUUGACUUUGGUGUGUUGAGUAGAUGUGAGACUACUGUAAGAUUAAUCGGAUGGGUCUACAACGAAGUUCUUUUCCCAUAUAAGUCCAUUGGUUCACUAGCAGGCGUCUAUACCUGCCACUUCUUGUCAUUGUCACGUUUAUCUUAUCCUUGUUCUCCAUGAAUUACAUUUGCAGCAGUUAGUCAUCGAAUGUUUUAGCCACCUACACAAAAGCAAGCUGCAUUUUUAAAAGAAAACUUGAAGACAGAGAGAAAAUAUUUUCUUCCCUUGAUCACACUCCUCCCCACCAAAAGCAACUCAUCAGUCCUCAUGAUUUGAAGCUCCCCUUUCACUCUUCAUAGCUACCAUUUGCCUGUAAUUUGCUUCAGUAAAUUAUUGUAGCAGAUUGCGGUGAAUUUUCAGGUAUUUUUCAUGGAUUUAGUUUUUUUUUCCCCCUUUUGAGAGAGGGAUGCCAGCAAAGGAAAGAGGUAUUUUAAGUAAACUGUCACUAGUUUCUCUUCCCUUUAACUUUCUGCUCCUCAGAUAUCUACAUCACUGUCCUUCUAAGGAACUCAGUCUUAACAUUCUCCAUUUCCUACUCUUAAUCAAAUUCUGCUACAUUUUAAUACCUUUUUCCCACAGCACGUUCUCCAUUUUUAUUGGGCGGUUCUGGAUUCUGAAAACAGGCGUUGUUUCUCCAAGGCGUGCUUUCCCCUUGCCUGUGGUAGCCCGGGGUUAUUUUGCAUAACUGAGACUUAAUAUGUUUCAGAGAAUUUAGAUAAACACUGGCCAGGAUGACUGGGAGUAAAAAAAUAGAUAUGGAAAAGCACCCACAUAGAGCACUUGAACCUCCUUAGAACCUGUUUGGAGAAAAAAUAUAGAGUGUACUAAACCUCACUAAGGUUAUUAUGGUCAGGCUGUUUGAAGCACCAUCUUUCCCUCCUGCCUUUUUCCCACCUUCCAAUGUACUCAAGAAAAUUGAAAAAUUGUAAUGAAUCAAUUUAAAAUAUUUUAUUUCCUAAAAGCCUUUUUUGCCUGUUGUAAUAUGCAGGACCCUUCUCCUUUGAUGGGAGAGAGACAGGUAGUUACCUGAAUCUAGGUCGAAAAGGUUAUGUAAAAAGAAAUUAUAAUAAAAGGGAUACUCUGCUUUUCAAAUCCUUGUUUUCUCUUAAUCUAGCUAAGGCAUAUCCAAAAUAAAAUGUAAAGAAGGAAAAUAAAAAUUGUCUUCAUGGAAGCAA